AUGCCCAAAUUUUAUUUUUUUUAUUUUUUAUUUUAUUCAAUUAUUGGAAUCAGUUUAUUCAAUGGAGUAUUAGCUGAAUUCGAUUGUUAUUCCUGUGCAUCGCCGAUAUUGCAGAGUGAAUGGCAGGGAACAGGGCUACGUUUAGCGCCUCAGGUGUUUUUUGAAGGUGAUGCUGGUACUGGCAACCCUAAUAAGCUAAAACAAUUUGCAUUUCUUGAUAAAUGCGGAGAAAAAGGCAGUACAACAAAUAUACAACCAAUGUCACAUUGUUCCGGGGGUGUUUGCAUUGAAAUGUUGAUUGUCUCAAAUGGAAUAUAUUCAAUAGUGAGAGGUUGUCUUAAUGAUUUCUUUCCUCCAGACUAUCCAAUUCCUACUGGGAAUUUGGAAUGUGUUUAUGGAGCUUCUAAUCAGAAUGCUACUGUUGUGUCAGCAAAUAAGAUUGAAUUUGUCCGGCAAGCAACAGUAGGGCUAAGUUUGUGCCAGGCAUCACAACAAUCAGACCCUUGCAACAAUAAACUAUUAAUUAACGAUAAAUUCGCAAAAGGACAACAAUCGAGUGAUGGGUGGGGACCUGACUGUAAAAAAGCUUCAGGAAUGGUUGAAUGUUUAAAAUGUAUGAGGAAUGAUAUGGAGGGGGAUUGCCACCGUGAUGUGCGUACAUAUUGCACCGGUGCUUGGUGCACUAAAACUAUUGGUUACCACAACGGGCGUUGGUUAGAAAUGCGUGGAUGUUCUCCAUUCAAUCCUCUUAAUACCCAAAGUUGUAUAACUAUAGAAAGACAAUCAGAACUUUCCCAACUUGGCGAUACACAAAUUCCACAGCAUUUAAGUGUUGAACAAUGUUUUUGUUCAGGACAGCGUUGUAAUGCCGCAGUUUCAACCAAAUUUAAUAAAGGAAUAAUUAUCUUCAUUCUUUCAAGCAUUUUUGCUCUGAUUUUAGCAUUAAGCAUUUAA